GCUUUUUUGUCUUUUAUUAUUAUCAUCACUACUUCCUUUGCUGGUUGUUUGGUUGGUGAGUCCCCACAGUGACCAUCUAAAGCUCUAAACUACUAAAAACUUAUCUCUCUUUCUUCUCACUCACUCUCACUCACCUCAAAAAGUCACAAAAAAACACCUUCCAUUUUACACUAAAAAUACCUCAUUUUUCUCUUUCAUUAUAAACUCAUUCAUAUUCACACAUUCACAUUCAUUAACUAGGAUUUGACUUUCAAUGUCUCCCUCAGUCAUUGUCACUAGAUUUUGCUAGGAGUGAUGAUUUUCUUGAAGAUUAUUUGCAUCUACACCAAGAAGUUUUCUUGUUUUGUGAAGUUGUUUGUGUUUUUCAGUUCAAGUAAAUUGGUGACAGCUGUUGAAAUUCACAAAUAAAGACAGUUUUUUUAAGAGGGAGAGAUGCAUAGAAGAAGAUAGUGAAGUAUUUGAGUGAAUUUUUACCAAUUUGGCCUUUGCCUUUUUUACAAGGACUCUUGAGAGAAAAGAUUAGCAUUUUGCAACGGUUGAAAUCUUCAAAGCUACUUUAGUACUAUUAAUGCCCCAAGUGAAUAUUUUUCUUUAACAAAGCAAAACGUGCCUCCAAGUUUCAAUUUUUAGAGACCCCUUUUGAAGAAAUUUAUUGCAUUUCCUUCGGUUACAAUUUGGUAUGCUUUAAUAUUGCAUUGGAGUUAUAUUUUUGAGUAUACCAACCAAAUAGACAAAAGGGUAUUCAUGAAGUUUCCUUUUCCAAGCACAAUGGUGUUUGUUUUGGUUCUUCUUAUUCUUAUGUGCUUUGAAUCACUUCCUCAUGUUAUGGCUCAAUCAAAUAAGGAAGCAAAGGCUUUAGAUGUAAUUCUCCAACAAUAUGCUUACAAGGCUUUGGUGAAUCCAAAAACAGGUACAAUUUACAAUGCAACUAAACUUCCUUCAAAUUUAACUGGAAUUGAAGUUGCAGCAUUAAGAUUAAGGAGUGGAAGUUUAAGGAGAAAAGGGUUUCAUACAUACAACGAGUUCGAUAUUCCAAAUGGUGUCAUUGUCCAUCCUUAUGUUGAAAGAUUGGUUUUUGUGUAUCAAAAUCUAGGUAUUAAGUUGUCAAAUAAGUAUUACCCUUUGCCUAAUUACACUUACUUGGCACCAGUUUUGGGACUAUUAGCUUAUGAUGCUUCGAAUUUGUCGGCUACAAAUUUAUCAGAACUAGGUAUAAAUGCUUCUGGUGAUAACAUUUUGGUCAAGUUUCAAGAUGUUAAGUCACCUCCUCAAGGCCUUGUUGCAAAAUGUGUUUGGUUUGAUUUGCAAGGUUCUUCCAAUUUCAGCAAUGUAAAAGGCGGUAACACAUGUUCUACGCCUCAACAAGGCCAUUUCUCUAUAGUGGUUAAGUCCACUAACAUCAGUCCUUUAGUACCAAUUCCAAAAGUAAAACGCGAGAAGAGUAGUAAUAAAAAGGUGUGGAUUAUUGUUGGUUCUGUUGUAGGAGGACUAGUAUUGUUGGUGUUGUUCAUGUUUCUAGUUUUGUGUAUAAGCAAAUACAAACACAAGAAGAAAAUGCAAGGUAUGGAAAAAGCUGCAGAUUCAGGAGAAACUCUUCAAAUGGCUUCUAUCGGCGAUACAAAAGCACCUGCUGCAACAGUUACAAGAACACAACCAACACUUGAACAUGAAUAUGCACCUUGACACUUUUGCACAAUCUUUAGUCGAUGUUCCAUUCAUAUUCAAGUUAAUUUAUUGUAAUCAGAAAUUCUUCUAAUCACACCUUUUUUCUUUUGUGUACAUCAAUUAUCUUUUUGUUUUGUUUCAUGAUUCAUUGUGUGUUAAUUUAGGAGUAAAAAGUGUUAAUUACUAUGACAUGAAUUUUGGUCAUGUUUCAUUGAGUGUGAAUAAAAACUUUAGUAUCUA